UAGAUUGCUAUCUGUCAACGCACCCUUUGAUACCCUCAUAAGCUGAAAAAAAAAAAAGUGACGUAAUAUUUGAUAAAUAUUGUAACUCUUCCUUGGUUACUUCGUGACGAAGGACAACACUUUUAAAGGACAAACGUUAACUUUCUGGAGUUGGACAGAAGAAUAACACCUCCGCUGUUUACGGUAUGUCAUCUACGUCGUAUCAGAUUGUCACGUCUGCAGAUGAGUCAGAAAAACCAAAUGGAUUGGAAGAAGACUUAAAGAAGGCUCAUCUUACCAUAAAUUAUUUGAAAAGGCAAAAUGGCUCGCUAAAACAAAAACUUGAUGAUGGCCAUCGCAAAUUUGAAAGAGAAAAAUCUGUUAUUCAAAUUGAAAAAGGUAGAGAAAUAACAAAACAAAAGAAAGACAAUGAUAAGCUUAAAACAGAACUUAAUAUACAAAAGAAGGAGAAAGUGAAAUUGGCCGACCAAUUUCAGAAAAGUCUUGCCGAUUGGAAGUCACGUGUUGAUUCUCUUGAAGAAAAUUUGAUACAGAAAGAAAAGGAACUGAGUCGAUUGAACCUGGAGUUACAACAGCAAGAAGAUAAAAAGAUGACAUUUAUCCAGUAUGACAAACAACUAGAACAGUUAACAGAACAAUAUAGGCAGCUUCAGAAUGAGAUCGAAGCAGCAAAUGACGGGGAAAAAGAGAAAACAUUCAAUUCAAACGACAUGGGACCCCUCAUUGUCGAGAAACAGGAUGUUCUAAUGAAAUAUAUGACUACGCAUGUAGAACAAAGCAAAUUUUAUCAAGAGGAAAACAGGGAUGCCUUUCAGCAAUUAAAUGCAAAAUUAGAUACAUUGAAAAGUAGUGAAGAAAAAAAGGAGCAAUCUGUAGGAAGAGAAAUCCAGGGGAUAGAAAGAACACCAUCACCGCCUAAACCCACAACUCGAGGGCAAGUGAGACUUCGACGAGAUAAGAUAACGGCUAAGUUUCCUGUCACUACCCAGAAAAAACCUUUCACUGUAUCAAAAGUUCCAAGUCCUCAAUGAACAUUGUACAAUAUAGAAGAUCACAUCUGCGAAAGUCAUAAAUUGAACAUAUAUAUAAAGUGAUACUGAUUUGGAGGGAAAAGAUUUGCUAGUUUUCAUCACUCUUCACAACAACUACAAAUUAGAAUUCUUCAGAAAGCUUUUUUCUCUUAUAAAUGUCGAUCUUUUAGAUAAUGUUUCAAUGCGAUUAAAACCGUUUAAGAUACGUGUUUUGAGAGACGUUCGAUCCGUUUGGUUAUUCAGACUUAGUGAAAAAAGUACAAUAUAUAAUCGUGAAAAGAAUGUUUAAAAUCAGAUGGUUCGUUUUAUAGCAAUUUAACUUUAAGAAAUGUAAAAUAUUUUCUACUGGAAAAAAAGUAAUUCGAAUGUUCAACGGCCAACUUCUUGCAGCCUACUCAGUAUAUGGUCAUCGGUAGAAUACAGCUAUACAUUUCUGUAGAACACAUUCAUUUUACUGAUUACUGAAUUAAUCACUGACUAUUAAAAGGACAUUGACAGCAUUAUGACACUGUUAUAACUGUGCGGCGUGAUCUUACUAAAUUGUUCUGUACUUCAUACAUUGAACUGGUCAUGGGAAGAACAUACUCAAACGUUGAGAAUUUAAAAUUUGAUUUAGAUCUACAUAUGUUUUAAGUUAUAAAAUAUGUUUAAUAAUUUUGUUUAUUAAAUUGUUCUUUUACAAAACGUCAAUUCGAAAAACAUAAACUAAGUAACCGUUUUAACAAGAAAUACUUGGUUUUCAAAGGAAAAUAUUAUGAUGUUCAUUUUAUACAAAUCAAGAAUGAAUACACAAUAUGUUUUAAUCGUAUAGUAAUACAAGCCGUAGUUGCAAUAUCAUAUUUAAAUAUCUAUCUGACAUUGUUUGAGGAUGUUUGGAUUUUUAAAACAUCAUGUACAUUUUGACUUAAAAACAGUUUUUCUUGUUCUAAAGGAUCACAGUUGUAUGUUGAGCAUCAUUUUCUCAUAUAUGCCAUUUAGUUCAUAAAUGAUUAAGAUUUUGCACUGAGUAAAGUGCAAUUUUAUACAGACACAUAUGUAUUUAUUGUAUAAGAAAGAGAAACAAUUAUCAACUAAACGUGUUUUGUUGACUGCGCAUUAUACAUUUAGUUAGUUCGGAGGACCGUGUAUGUAAACAGCAUCUACGUACAUGCGAGUUUAGGUUUUCAAAUCCAGUUAUGGAUCUCCAAACUGGACUGGUAACAAACGAGUUUUGUCUAUUAUUUGCACCUACUUUCUUUUUUUUCGGGCGUAUUUAAUUAAUUAUAUAAAUGUAUAAAUAAAACGCCUAAUCGCAAUUUCAUUGAGCUAUUCUCAUUUAUGUUUAUAUAUUGUGAUUUAUUGUGAAAGUAAAAUAAAUGUAUUCUGCAUUAUA